AUGGAGAACAUGAUGCAGGGCAAUAAGAUCAGACGAGUUGCAGCUACUCGCAUGAAUGAGAGGUCAUCUCGAUCACACACGAUUUUCCGGAUUAUUCUGGAGUCGAAAGAUGCCAAUCAGAAAGAUGGACCUGUACAUAUAAGCUACCUUAACUUAAUGGACUUAGCUGGUUCUGAGAGAGUUUCUCUGACGAAAGCUGCUGGUGAGCGUCUUAAAGAGGGGGCUAACAUAAACAAAUCUUUGUCAGUAUUAGGAAAUGUGAUAAGGCAACUAAGCGAGGGGAAGGAGUUUAUCAGUUAUCGCGAUUCGAAAUUGACUAGACUGCUCUCACAGGCUCUUGGCGAUGUAUAUGGAUCUGUAGUAAAACCUUUAGUCGAUUCCUUCAUGGAAGGUUUCAAUGCCACAAUAUUUGCAUAUGGCCAAACAUCUUCUGGCAAAACACACACCAUUUUGGGCAAUAAAACAGAUCCUGGGCUUUUCCAAUUAGUAUCCAAUCAGUUAUUCCAGCAUGUGGCAGACCAGGUUGAUAAGAGGUACUUGAUUAGAUGCAGUUAUAUUGAAAUCUACAAUGAAAAGAUCAAUGACCUCCUGGAUAAGAGCAAUCAGGGUUUAACUAUAAGAGAAGAUAUCAAAGGAAAUGUGCUGCUUGAUGCAAGGGAAGCUGUCGUAGACAAUGUUGAUAAAGUUAUGGAGAACAUGAUGCAGGGCAAUAAGAUCAGACGAGUUGCAGCUACUCGCAUGAAUGAGAGGUCAUCUCGAUCACACACGAUUUUCCGGAUUAUUCUGGAGUCGAAAGAUGCCAAUCAGAAAGAUGGACCUGUACAUAUAAGCUACCUUAACUUAAUGGACUUAGCUGGUUCUGAGAGAGUUUCUCUGACGAAAGCUGCUGGUGAGCGUCUUAAAGAGGGGGCUAACAUAAACAAAUCUUUGUCAGUAUUAGGAAAUGUGAUAAGGCAACUAAGCGAGGGGAAGGAGUUUAUCAGUUAUCGCGAUUCGAAAUUGACUAGACUGCUCUCACAGGCUCUUGCGGAAUGUACAAAUUCAGAUGUAUAUGGAUCUGUAGUAAAACCUUUAGUCGAUUCCUUCAUGGAAGGUUUCAAUGCCACAAUAUUUGCAUAUGGCCAAACAUCUUCUGGCAAAACACACACCAUUUUGGGCAAUAAAACAGAUCCUGGGCUUUUCCAAUUAGUAUCCAAUCAGUUAUUCCAGCAUGUGGCAGACCAGGUUGAUAAGAGGUACUUGAUUAGAUGCAGUUAUAUUGAAAUCUACAAUGAAAAGAUCAAUGACCUCCUGGAUAAGAGCAAUCAGGGUUUAACUAUGAGAAGAUAUCAAAGGAAAUGUGCUGCUUGA